AUGGACGGUGCAUCGCCAGAACCAACGCCGCACUCGUCAGAGUGUAUCAUGAACUUUGCUCUACCGAAACACCGCACUGCCGCUCCGCUUUCCUCGGCGAUGUUCCAUGGAGACACAAGCAGUAGACCAUUCGCCAGUCAAGAACAGUUGGGAACUCAUGGAAGCGGCGGUCGCCAGGUGCCUGGAAGCAAGCGCUCAGUCCGCUUUCUCGGGUUGGAUGAUAUGCAGGUCGACGGACCCGGGAUUAAAUAUCGUCGAGUUCACGCAACGCCUGCAGGUGGAUCGCACGAGUCCGAUACCAGCAUGCAGUCUCACAAGAUUUCCAUGGAGUCUCUGGUUGCGAAGUUCAACGGCACGCCCGCUCUAGAUACUGUAGUACAUCGCUCCAAUGCUCGGGCCAAGCCUCUUGCGCCGUUCGUCAGCACUAAUGUCGAGGCAUUUCCAGACUCAAUUCAGAAGAACAUUGUCUCUUCUCCCGGUUCGUCUUCAACAACAUCUGGCCGCGACGCCAACUCCUUCUGGUCACCAGUGAGUACCGCGUCUACUGCUGCGACCUCGUUUGGGUCUCCGCACUCCCUUGCUUCCCGAUACGCUCGAGCGACUCCAGAAGACGUACGGCAUUCGAGCAAAGGCUUUGGUCAUUGGGAGGAAAGUGCAUUGCCUCCAAUAGAGGAAGACAGCCGUCGAUUCCUGCUGAUUCCUGUGCAAGAUGCCACCGUUGAGGGCAUUGUUCCGUCCAUUGCGACGGCUGAAAACGCUGCCGCCGCGAAAUGUGCCUUGGAGCUCCACUUCAACAACUUACUCAUGAGCGGAAGCUCUCCGCGCUCCAUUCGCCGCAAGAAGCUGGAGCAGCGCAUGCGCGAUCUCGGGUUUGACAUGAUCCGAGUGCUGGGUAGAGGCAGCUUUGGUGUUGUUCGCCUGGUCACCGAGCGCCACAGAUCCAAUACUCCCAAGCCGAGCUCUGAUGUUCCGGAGGCGAGCGUGGACAACGACAGCUCGAUGACGGACAUCGCCAACUCGGACGGCAAAGCCAAACGUACCCUCCCUAGUGGCAAGCCGAUCUCGGACGUGUUUGCAAUGAAAGUCAUUCGCAAGUCUGAGAUGCUACGGUCCUGUCAAGAAGGCCAUCUUCGCGCAGAGCGAGACUUUUUGGUGGCAGCAGAAGGCUCAACUUGGGUCGUGCCACUCCUAGCAAGCUUCCAAGACAACACUAAUCUCUAUCUGGUUAUGGAGUACAUGAUAGGAGGCGAUUUCUUGGGCAUGCUACUUCGCGAGGACGUCUUGGAUGAAUUGGUUGCCCGGUAG